AUGGCGUUCUCGUUCCUGCAUCCCCAUGGCCCGCCCAUCGAUGCGCAAACUCAGUUGUAUUGCUUCGGCACCCGCACGACGCCAGCCACGCAUGUCAUUGUACAUCAAGAGGUGCAGGGAGAUGACUACGAAAUGACCAAGUAUACAGGCCCACGAUACUGUCCGUCGCUCGAGGUCAAAGUUCUUCGCUUUGCGCACAAAGAAUCGCAUCCUGUCUGGCUUGAGCCCGAAGGCUUGACGACAACGCCUCAACGCGAUGGCCAUGUUUUGUAUCCGAAUGGCUUGUCUUGCUCGCUGUCACCCGAUGCACAGACACGCAUGGUGCGCACGAUCCCUGGCCUCGAGCACGCAGUGCUUUUGCGUCCUGGCUAUGCCGUCGAGUACGACCACGUUGAUCCUCGAGAGCUCCUACCGACGCUCGAGACACGCCGAAUCCGCGGUCUUGCCAUGGCCGGCCAGAUCAACGGCACAACCGGGUAUGAGGAAGCGGGUGUCCAGGGCGUUCUUGCCGGCCUGAAUGCGGGUCUUCGCGCACAAAAGCGCCGUGAACUCACAGUCUCGCGAAGCGAUGGCUUUGUGGGCGUCAUGCUCGAUGAUCUUCGUCUUCAGGGCGUCAUGGAACCGUACCGCAUGUUUACGUCACGCUCCGAGUAUCGCUUGUCCCUGCGCGCUGACAAUGCAGACCUGCGACUGACGCCUCUUGUUCACGCAGUGAGCCCAGAGUCGAUCACGGACACUCGACUUGCUGCCCUGGAGCGUGUGCGUGCUGAUCUAGACUUUGGGAUGCAGUGUCUCGCGCGAACCAAAAUGACCUCGCGCGCUUGGGCCUCGCAUGGAUUCCAGGCCGCUGACGAUGUGCGCACGCUUAGCGCUCUCGAUAUGAUGCACCGUCCACAUGCGCGUAUCCAGGACUUGAUUCCCUUUGUGCCAGAGCUUCGUGGGCUGCAUCCACACACGCUAGAGCGACUUGCAACGCAGGCCUCCUACAUGCCUCUACUUGAACGCCAAGCCUCCGAUAUUGAAGCAUUCCAACGCGAUGAAGCACUUGCUCUCCCCGUUGACAUGGCGUUUGCGGAAUUGCAGGGCGUCAGCGACGAGAUGAAAGAACGCUUCUCUUGUGUAAAGCCACGUACUCUUGGCGAAGCGAAGCGCAUCGCCGGAUGCACUCCUGCUGCCUAUGCCGUGCUAUGGCGUCACGCCGUCAUGGCCUCGAAAACUCCCACUGCCCCCCGUUAG